CGCGACUGUUAUGUUAGACUGUGCUACAAUGGUGGUUGUUUUGAAAUAUUCUAUCGUCUUGCUCAGGACUGAAGUCUGUGGUCCUCGGUUACAGUCGUCUUUGUAUUUGUUUCAUAUUUACACACUACUCAUCUUCAUUAUAAACAGAUUUUUUUCCUUUAAAUUCAUAAGGUUCACCGUGGGAUUGAAGAGAUUUCCUGCUGAAAAAUGUCCACAAUUAAUUGUAAGAAUAUUCAACACAACAGAUUGACGUUGAAAUACUCCUGCAAGUUCCCCAGCUGUUCAUCUGACAAUUACGUGGGUUCAACGGAAGAAAUUUGCAACAAGCAUUUCUACAGGUUUCCAAAACAACCUCAAGAGUUGAUUCUAAAGUGGAAGAGUGUUUGUAAACUGUCACCAGGUGUGAACUGUGCUUCUUAUUUUGUUUGUGAAGAUCAUUUUUUCGAAGAAGAUUUUAUGAAUAAAACUAGGCAUAGGCUAAACAGGCGUGUGUUUCCAAAACAUGUGACAGGUGUUCCUUGUGAAAUUGCCAAAAUAGGUAGUGAAUCAGGUGACACUGUUAUUAAUAGUGAAUUGGACCUACCAAGCACUAGUGGUGCUAUGGCAACUGUUCAUUUUACAGCUGCUAAUACCAGAAGUGAAACUGGUGUUAAUGAACUACAAAGCCUUAGUUGUGCUGUGGCAAGUAGUCCUCAUGUAGGUGUUUGUACCAGAAGUGGAUCAGGUGAAACUGGUGUUAAUAGUGAAUUAGACUUACCAAGCACUGGUGGUACCAUGGAAAAUCUUUAUUAUACAGGUGCCAAUACCAGGGGUGAAACUGGUGUUAGAGAAUUACCUAGCACUAGUUGUGCUGAGCAGAGUAAUUCAUUGAGUGAUGCACCUCUUAAAUUUUUUAUCUCCCUUCAAAAUGAAUCUGCAGAUAGUGAGUACACAUUCUUAUCUGAAACAUUUGGUAAUGAGGAAAUCAAAAAUGUACAAGAUUCAUAGGAAUACUCUAACAAGGCUAUUAAAACUAAAAGCAAAGCUACAUAAUGAAAAAUCAGAACAGAAAGCACUUAAAGAUUUAUAUGACAGCAAUACUUUCUCUUUCACAGAAUCUAUUUUAAACUCUGUUACCAAAGAUUUCAUAAACAGCCAAUUACAAAAUGCUCAUCGAUCAGCAAAUGCAAGGCGAUGGACACCCGAGGACAAAGUAUUUGCGUUAUCCUUAUAAAAACGAAGUCCCCGCGUAUACAAAUUUUUGUCAGUUCAUUUUUAUCUUCCUUCUUUGAGGCAUCUGAAAUGUCUGUUGUCUUCUAUACCUUUUGAACUAGGAUUGAAUACUUCGGUCAUGAAAGUAAUGAAAGCAGAAGUUGAAGUAAUGAACAACAGUGACAAAUAUUAUGCUUUGUUGUUUGAUGAAAUGUCUUCAGAAAGAGGGUUGUAUUAUAAUGCAAGCAAACAAGAAAUUUCAGUGUUUAAAGAUUUAGGGCAUUUAGGGGGGGGGGGGGUCAAAUGUUCAUGCAAAUCAUGCAUUUUCAUGGUUAGAGGCACACAUAAAUGCUGGAAGCAGGUUGUUGCUUAUUAUUUCACUCACAACUCAGUUUCAAGUAUCACUUUAAAAAGUCUUAUUACCUAUGUCAUAAGGCAAUUGUAAGAAAUAGGGCUAAAGGUAGUUUUUACAGUUUGUGACCAGGGUGCAACCAACCAGAGAGCACUGAAGGAACUCUGCUGUGAGAAAUCUACUGAGUCCAGUCCAUUUUAUUUUUUAGUCAGAGAUGAACCUAUUGCAGUCAUUUUUGAUGUCCCACAUCUAUUAAAAAAUACUAGAAAUGCUCUGCUAGGAAAUAAAAUACAGUUUGGGUUUAAAAAAGAGGCCAGUUUUGAAUAUAUUCACAGGGCUUUUCUUCUGGAUCAGCAGAAGAUGUUUAAGACAUUGCCAAAACUACAUAGAAAUACUUUUGAAUUAAUGGAUUCUUUUACUAAAAUGAAAGUCAAGGUAGCUGCAGCCCAGCUUAGUCAUACAGUUGCUGCAGUUAUUGAAACUUAUGUGGCAUUUAAUAUCUUACCUGCUGAGGCAAUAUACACUGCAGAAUUUGUUGAAAAGAUGGAUUGUUUAUUUGAUUCACUGAACAGUUCCUAUUGUUAUCCACAAGAUGGCAAGUCUUAUAAGUGUGCCCUCUCUGCAGAGUCCCCACAUAUUGAAAUGUGGUACAGUCUGUUAAAGGAAAUGGAAAAUUGGAAAGUGUUGGAGCUAGGCACAGGGAGAGAUAAGACAAAUAUGUUCAGUUUCAUAAGUGGGUGGCAAACUACAAUAAGAUCAUGGAUGUUCAUGAGGAACAGAUUAAAAAAUUGCUUUAAUUUUUGAAGCAUGAGGGCUUUCAGUCAAGACCCAGUGGAGAAUGUAUUUUGUUGUGUGAGGCAGCAUGGUGUUGCAAACACCAACCCAACUUGCUUUCACUUCAAAGCAGCAUUGAAAACAGUUAUAGUCAAUAACAUGCCCAUACCUACAAAUUCGCUAGGUAAUUGUGAGGAUUAUAGAUGCAUGCCAUUAAGCAAAUUAAGGCAAUUUUUGGGAGCUAGUGAUGACAACUUUCUUGACUCCACAACAGACCAUUCGAUUAUGGAUCAAUGUGCUUUAUAUUGUGCCCUUGCUGAUAAUGAAGCUGCUGCUGGUAGUGGUGGGGCUGAUGUAAGAAAUGACAGACAAGCACUAGCAUAUGUAGCUGGUUACAUUCUACGAAAUAUGGGUGUAACACCUGAAACCAACUGUAGUGACUGUAAAACAACUCUGUUCUCACCAACGCCCACAGAGCAUUUAUUAACAAGUGUCAAAGAAUAUGAUGCUUUAAACCCAAAAUUAUUGUGUGCUAGUGACAGCUUAAUGUCGUUUUUUAGUGUCCGAUGCCAGGCGUCGGCUUUGACCCGUGACGUAAGGGUGUUGUCGUGUGACAUCAUGACAGUGUGGAGUUGGGUUUGUGAGUGUGGCGUGUUUGUAGAUGUCGUUGUGUUGUUGUUUGUUGUGCCCUCUGGUGGUAUGUUCAGGGUUUUCGAUUGUGUGGUGUGAUGGGCUCAGUUUGCUUUUGCUCAUUAUCCAGAAUUGUUCGAGUGUCGGCUGUGUUUGUAGUGGAAUUCGUUGCAGUGAAUUAACGAUUUUGUGCGAAGGUUAAUUUAGUGUUGUUCGCUGUACGUCGUGUGGUAAUUUUAGUAAAAUUAAUCGGUUGUUGUUUUUGUUCAGGAAUGGAUCUGACGGAUAAAAUUAACAGUGCGCAGGUCAAGGGAAGUGUUUGAUACCAAUGUGUGGCUGUGUAUGUUGGUAUUGGUAUCGGGAGAUGUUUCUGAGCUAUAUAGGCCAAGGGAAUUGUUUGAUCCUAAUUUAUGGGAUCUGGAGCUGCUGUUGAGCUGUAUAGGUCAAGGGUAGUGUCCGAUUCCAGAUGAUACUGUGUUUAGUGGUAUUUGGGGAGUUUUGUGAUGUCGGUUUUUUUCGUCGUUUUGUGUGGUUUUGUAUGGGGGUGGGUGUCUAAAUUUGUUUAUAUUUAGUUUGCCCCCACCCAAAAACACCCCAUUUCCCGCGCUUGUUCCGUUACUUUUAUUAGGUUUUUUGUGGAAAGUGUGUGUGUUUGUUUCUCGAUGUAUUUUCGUCCUCAUAAUGUGUACGUAACGACUUUAUAUGCGCCAUAUUGGAAUCGUGGUUUAUGGUUGUUUCCGCCAUAUUUGCGACGUCAUGGGUCAAAGCAGACGGGCGGGAUCGGAUGCUUUCGUAUUUCCAAAUGUUCAUAGUCAGUUGUAUGCAUUCUUAGAUAAAUGUGGACACCAGGAACAAUUGGAGAAUACGUUCUAUUCACUGUUUAAGUUUCCAGAGGAAAUAACUUUUUGCAAGGCCCAUUUUUCUGAACAGUGUAUUUUAAGAUAAGUGUACCUCUAUUGCUUUACAAGUAUGUGAAAGAUUGGAAACACACCAUCAGUAAUAAAAGACUUGAUAUUGUUAAAGACAAAUUCAAUAAAAGGU